CGUGGACGACGCCGCCGACGUCGCUUCCGACAGCGACGGGGACGGGAAUUCGACCCUUGUCUCUGCGCGUCCCCCUUUCCCCUUCCUCUCGUCUUCGUUGACCAUCCUACGCUCUCUUGUUCUCGGGAAGACGUUCAAUUCUCGGUGAAAUUAUCGCUCCACCUCCUCGACAAAUGAGCAAUUCCGCUGGUAAACAGUCUUCAUCCUCGGCAUAUUCUCCGAUCCACUCCAUCUUCGAGGAGUACCAUUACGAGCUCUGCCAUCGUUCCACUGGUCUCGAUAGAGCGCAUGCGCUCGGGUGCUACCUGACAGUAAAACAGUUGCGACACAAUCACAACCACCGAGCCCUUCAGAGACCGUCAUACGCAAAUUCUCCUGGUAUACCUCGUAAACGCAUACGUCAGACGUGCGCUAUCUGCAAUUGCAGUACAGCUCCCCUGUUCAUUCACUGUUCAAGUUUCACGUCAGCAAAUGCGGCCCCGGAUCUUCUACCUUCUUCGCAAAGCGGUCUAGCGUCUACCUAUGGAUCGUUCAGCUCGAGUCUUUCAAGAUGUCCAUGCAACCUCCUGAGGACUGAAAGUCGCCCGCUUUCUCUAUGUUCUGCUUCUGUUUGUUGGUCGGGGCCUCGGGGCGUUCUCCUCUCUCUUUCAAGGUCGACCAUUCCCUACUCUCUUUCAAUGAAACUCUCAUAUCGUCCUUGGUCAGCGAAGUACCAAUCGCAUCGUCUCAUACAUCUUCCCGGCGCCCUCGAAUAUCAUCCUAUCUUGCACGUUAAAUUCUGGUUCAACGAUAUACGUAUCGCUACUCGACUAAUGGUUGUGUUAUCUAUGCAUUUGCUUUCACCCUACGGGUACUCAGACAUGUUCCUGUAGUG